UAGGGGGGUUAUACCAGCACAUCAUAACAAGUAUUUAUACCCAGCACUGGGUCCUAUCUGAGAGGCAGAUACAUACUGGACCCGCAAGGAUGACGUGUAUCAGGCUUUUGUUGACCUUUGCGCUCAUGGGAUGGGUUCAGACCAUCAGUUGUCUACAAGAUUGGAAGCAGACAUACUCAAUAGGAAAUGAGCAAAGAUCCAAAUUUAGAUCUCGACACGGUACUGGAAUUUCCAUGGAUGACAAUAAGGAGAUAAACAUUUUUGCACACCCAUGCACCAACAGGAGUAAUGGCAAUUCUAGUUGGUGUCACCUCGACCUGAAUAAGAGGUUCAAGGUUGAGUCGUUGACCAUACUGAACAGAGGGGACUGUUGCUUGGAGUGUCUGAUUGGAACCAAGAUUCAUGUUGGAGAUUCAGCAGACAGUAGCAACCCAGUAUGCGGCAACAUCACUGACGUCUCACAAACCACAGUCACUCUACCCUGUAAGGGGAUGGUGGGUCGGUAUGUGAGUGUGAGUAUUCCUGAGCAGCUUGAAUAUACUCAACUCUGCGAAAUAGAUGUAUCUGGAGAAGAAGUUAAGAAUCAAAAUGAAAUAAAUCUGGCAAGAAGAGGAGAAGUCAAACAGAGCUCAAACUUCCUCCCAAAGACUAUUGCUAAUAAAGCUGUUGAUGGCAUUAAAGAGACAAAUUACCAUGAAAGGCUGUGUACUCACACCAAGCAGGACAAUCCAGCAUGGUGGCAGCUGGACCUGAAGAAGGGGUACAAGAUUGAGAAGGUGGUCAUAGUGAACAGAAUGGACUGUUGCAGUGAACGCCUGAGAGGAGCUGAGAUUCGCAUUGGAAAAUACCCACAAAACAACAACCCAGUGUGUGGCACCAUCACUGAUAUCUCCCAAGCCACCAUCAAUCUGUUCUGCGGGGGGAUGGAGGGUCGUUAUGUGAGUGUGGUGAUUCCUGGGAGGGCAGAAUAUCUCACACUCUGUGAAGUGGAGGUUUAUGGAGAGGAAUCUCCAAGGCAGGAAGUUUUAGAAGUGAACCUGGCAAGAUCUGGGGAAGCCAAACAAAGCUCAGACUAUAACCAUGCUUUCGUGUUAACGGCUGGAAGAGCUAUCGAUGGAAUUAAACUGACAGAUCUCCAUGAGGGUCCAUGUACCCACACCAAUCAAGAUUAUCAACCUUGGUGGCAGCUGGACCUGAAAAAACGUUACAAGGUCAAGUCUGUGAUUAUAGUGAACAGGGGGGAUUGUUGCAGUGAGCGACUGAAAGGAGCAGAGAUUCGGGUCGGAGAUUCAUCAGAAAACAACAAUCAUGUAUGUGGCACCAUCAAAGACGUCUCUCAAACAACAAACAUCUUGUUCUGCAAUGGGAUGGAAGGUCGGUAUGUGAGUGUGGUUAUUCCAGGGCGCAAGGAAUAUCUCACACUCUGUGAACUUGAAGUCUAUGGGGAGGAAUCGACUGCUCAAGAAGUUUUAGAAGUGAACCUGGCAAGAUCUGGGGAAGCCAAACAAAGCUCAGACUAUAACCAUGCUUUCGUGUUAACGGCUGGAAGAGCUAUUGAUGGAAUUAAACUGACAGAUCUCCAUCAGGGUCCAUGUACCCACACCAAUCAAGAUUAUCAACCUUGGUGGCAGCUGGACCUGAAAAAACGUUACAAGGUCAAGUCUGUGAUUAUAGUGAACAGGGGAGAUUGUUGCAGUGAGCGACUGAAAGGAGCAGAGAUUCGGGUCGGAGAUUCAUCAGAAAACAACAAUCCUGUAUGUGGCACCAUCAAAGACGUCUCUCAAACAACAAACAUCUUGUUCUGCAAUGGGAUGGAAGGUCGGUAUGUGAGUGUGGUUAUUCCAGGGCGCAAGGAAUAUCUCACACUCUGUGAACUUGAAGUCUAUGGGGAGGAAUCGACUGCUCAAGAAGUUUUAGAAGUGAACCUGGCAAGAUCUGGGGAAGCCAAACAAAGCUCAGACUAUAACCAUGCUUUUGCGUUAACGGCUGGAAGAGCUAUCGAUGGAAUUAAACUGACAGAUCUCCAUCAGGGUCCAUGUACCCACACCAAUCAAGAUUAUCAACCUUGGUGGCAGCUGGACCUGAAAAAACGUUACAAGGUCAAGUCUGUGAUUAUAGUGAACAGGGGAGAUUGUUGCAGUGAGCGACUGAAAGGAGCAGAGAUUCGGGUCGGAGAUUCAUCAGAAAACAACAAUCCUGUGUGCAGCACCAUUACUGAUGUCUCCCAAGCCACCAUCACUUUGUUCUGUAAGAGGAUGGAGGGUCGCUAUUUGAGUGUGGUGAUUCCCGGGAGAAAGGAAUAUCUCACACUCUGUGAAGUGGAAGUUUAUGGGGAGGAAUCUCAGAAUCAGGAAGUUGUAGAAAUGAAUUGGGCGAGAUCAGGAGAAGUCCAGCAAAGCUCCAACUUCAUGAAUGGACCCCAGUUUAUUGCAGACAGAGCUGUUGAUGGCAUCAAAGUGACAGAUCUCCAUAAAAGCCCCUGUAGCCAUACCAAUAAGGACAAUCCAGCUUGGUGGCGGCUGGACCUGAAGAAGAGGUACAAUGUCCAGUCUGUGGUCAUAGUGAACAGGAUGGAUGGACACAGUGAUCGUCUGAGAGGAGCCACAAUCCGUGUUGGAAAUUUUGCAGUUGAUGAUAACCCAGUAUGUGGCACCAUCCAUGAUGUCUCAGAAGCCACCAUCACUCUGCCCUGCAAUGGGAUGGAGGGUCGCUAUGUGAGUGUGGUGAUUCCUGGAAGGGCAGAAUAUCUCACACUCUGUGAAGUGGAGGUUUAUGGGGAGGAAUCUACUACAGAAGAUGCAAAUAAUUUGGCAAGAUCAGAAGGUGUCAGCGUCAACCAAAGCUCAGUUUAUCCGCUUGUUCCUCCACCCAAUGCUCAAACAGCCGUUGAUGGGAAUAAAGAGACAAAUUAUGCUAGACAUCCGUGUGCCCACACCAAAGAAGACUUUGCUCCAUGGUGGCAGUUGGACCUGAAGAAGAGACACAAGAUUGAGACAGUGGUCAUAGUGAACAGGAUGGACUGUUGCCAUAAACGAUUGUUGGGAGCUGAGAUCCGUGUUGGAGAUUCAGCACAUAACAACAACCCAGUAUGCGGCACUAUUACUGAUGUCUCCCAAGCCACCAUCACUCAGUUCUGUAAUGGGAUGGAUGGCCGGUAUGUGAGUGUGGUUAUUCCCGGGAGAUCAGAGUUUCUCCAGCUCUGUGAAGUGGAGGUUUAUGGGGAGGAAUCUAUUCAUCAGGAGGUUCUUCUGGAGAGUUCGGGGGAAUCUUCUGGAGCUUUAACAGAAAGUGCAUUCUAAGCCUUUCUCUUUCUUUUCAAACAUAAUUGUAAUCAAGGUCAGACUCUUCAUAAUCAUGUGCUCAGAUAUAUACAAAAUACUGUGUUGCUAUAAAGACAUAAUAAAAAAAACAUGUACUUUG